AUGCCGACAGAAGGCGUCUACUUUCGUCCCUCCGGACAGAAAACCUUCAUCCCCCUCGAAAACAACCCCGAAGUCUUCACCUCCCUGGUCCACGACCUCGGCGUCUCCCCCGACCUCGGCUUCUACGACGUCUACAGCCUCGACGAUGCCAGUCUCCUCUCGCUGGUGCCGCGCCCCGUCCUAGCACUCAUCUUCAUCACCCCGGAGGAGCCAUACUAUGUCGUCCGCAAAGAAGACGGACACGCCGUGUCGCCAGCGCAGCUGACCUACGACAAGAGCGGCGACGACGAGCCCGUCCUCUGGUUCCAGCAGACCAUCGGCCAUGCGUGCGGGCUCAUGGCGCUGCUGCAUUCCGGGUCCUUCUUGGACGGCCUCUUACGCGAAACUACGCCUCUGAAGCCGGUUGAGAGGGCCGCGGCGUUGUACAAUAACGAAGAGCUGGAGAAGAAGCACAUGAAGGCCGCGAGGACGGGGAAUUCCCAGCCACCUGGUGCCAACGAGGACAACUUUUUCCACUUCAUCUCUUUCGUCAAGGGAAAGGAUGGCCACUUGUGGGAGCUGGAGGGCGCCACUGACGGGCCCUUGGACCGGGGGCUGAUGCGCGAGGGCGACGAUGUGCUGAGCGAGGGGGCGCUGGACUUGGCCGUGCGCAGGUUUUUGAAGGCUGGGAAUGGGAACGUGAACUUUAGCAUUGUGGCUUUGGCGAAGAAGCCCGCGGAGUGA